CCAGAAAACAGUCGAAGCACGCGCAGGGUGUAUAAAAGCGUGCUGUAGGUGCUUGACAGACCGUGAGCAUUGACUGCAAACGUUUAGUGUGCUGCUUCUACUCGCUACUAGUUAUGUCUUUGUUCCCUCUUCUGAGCGAAAGGUCGGACCUAGCCCGUCUUCUGGGAGGCGGCAGCUACCUCGACGGCGAGCUCUUCGAUCCUCCAUUUUACCACCAGCGGUACUACCUCCAGCCACCGCAGAAUCAGCAGAACCAUAACCGCCAGGUCUGCCCGAUGAGGGGAGGUUCUGCGUCAACCGUCUGCACUAACCCAGAUAAGUUCGCCGUUCAGCUUGACGCGCGAAACUUUGCGCCCGAAGAGCUCACUGUGAAGACUAUCGACAACUGUCUCGUGAUUCACGGCAAGCACGAAGAAAAGUCCGACGACCGUGGCUGCUACGUUUCGCGGGAGUUUACACGCCGGUACGUGCUGCCCGAAGACGUCGACCCUCAGACCAUCAAGUCGCACCUGACUCCCAGCGGUGUCCUGGCCAUUGAGGCACCUCGCAAGAAGAAAGACAAGCAGACCAACCUCAUCCCUAUCGAAGUUCACCACGAAGGCAAAGCCAGUGGCGACUGCAAGAAGUCGGCUUGAACAGUUUCAUCGGUUUACAUUCCGGGGCUCGAAUGCCUGUGUUAGGUUCCUCUUCAUUUCGUUUCUCAUGCAUGGAGCAUGUUACAUUGUCAUGUUAAUUUAUUGUCGAGUGAGUGCAAUAAAUCUUUCGUUUAUGGC